UAGCAUACUGCUCCAUGAGGGCUCCACUGUUCAUAGAUUAAAAGUACACCAUGAGUUUUCUGUAGUUAAGCCAACUUGUUUUCAGAAGCCAAAGUGAAAGCAACACUUCAGAUUGUUUUACGAGCCCAGAGGAGAAGACCAUUUCUACCUUUCUAGAGAUGGGUGCUGCAUCGAGUCAACCUGACACAACAGUCCAUAAUGAUACCCUGAGAAUUGUACUGGUUGGAAAAACUGGAAAUGGAAAAAGUGCAGUAGGGAAUACCAUCCUGGGGAAGGAAGUUUUUAUAUCUAAAACUACAUCACAUUCAGUGACCCAGGUCUGUGAAAAAGCAGUUGGAACCUGGAAAGGGAAAGACCUUACAAUUGUUGACACACCUGGGUUGUUUGAUACAAAGAAGAAUCUAGAAACCACUUCUAAGGAGAUCAGUCGCUGUGUCAUCCUUUCCUGCCCAGGACCACAUGCCAUCAUUCUGGUUCAGCAACUGGAUCGAUACACUGAUGAAGCAAAACACACUGUCUCUUUGAUUAAGGCAAUCUUUGGGAAGUCAGUCAUGGACUAUAUGGUCAUCUUAUCCACUCGGAAAGAUGACUUGGGAAAUGGGACCCUAGAUGACUUUGUAAAAACUUCUAAUAAAGAUAUCCAAAAUCUUAUCCAAGAGUGUAGUGGAAGACGCUGUGCCUUUAAUAACAAAGCUCAGGGCAAUGAAAGAGAAACACAGGUGAAAGAGCUUAUGGACAUGAUUGAAAAAAUGGUGAAGGAUAAUGAGGGAAAAUACUAUUCAGAUGAAAUAUUUAAGAAAACUAAUGAGUCACUGCAAAGACAAAGAGAAGCCUUGAAGGAAAUUUACACUUCACAAAGAGAUUGUGAGCUGAAAUAUAUAGAGGAACAAUAUGCUGACAGAGAUUCUCUGACAGAAGAGAAUCAAAGGGAAAAGGAAAAACAAAUGGAAGAGGUAUACAAGAAUUAUGAAAAAAUGAAAAAUAUAAACACAGAUGCUGAGAAGUCUGUAUUUGACCAAAUUUUUCAGUACAUGAGGGAUAAGAUUUCUCAAAUUUCUGGUUGGUUUAGAAAAUGAUGAUCCAUUGAUUUCUUAUAAAUGGUGAUAUCUUGGAUGUACAGAAUUAUAACCUUAUGAAAUGGGUAGAAAUAAGUCCUACUUUUCUUCAUGUCACUGAGAGAAGUGUUUUUAAAUGAAAGAACAUUAUAUGUUGGGGAUAGAGCCCCCACUGGGGAUUUGCCAUAUUAUAUAACUCCCAGAAUUGAAUUCCACACUUGUUUUGCCUGAUACUUUAUUUACCAUGUGCCUAAGAAGUAGGCUAUGACACUUCAAACACUUUAUGGAAGCAAGUAGCUAAUUAGUCAUGAAUAAUUCUGUACAUAAAUAAGAAAUGGCACCCUUUAGCAUGGGAGAAAUGUUUAUGUAGUAAAAAGGACCAGGAAUUGGUCAUGGUCCUAUCAUCAUCAUAGAAGUCAGAUUACUCCUUGGACAGCUUUCUGACUCCUUAUUGUCCUGAGUGUGACAUGAUAUUAGUCUUCCAUAUUUAUUAAUUCUUUUUAUGUACCACCCCAUACUUAACAAAGAAACAAAAAUUAUUCUAUCUUCCUCCUAAACAUGGCUUUACUUUUCAUGUGUGCUCCUAUUCAGCUACUAUGAACUCUUUGCUUUGGCCUGUAGGGAAUAUAAGCUCCCCAUUAGCAGGUAUUGUUUCACUCAUUAUACUUGUAUUCCCAAGACUAUCUACUAUAUAGCAGAUGUGUAAUAAAUGCUUGUUAAUGGUUCUACUUAGCCAAGUUAUGUCACUGAUAUGAGACAUUAUAGUGCCAUCUCAUUGACUGGGUUCUUCAAAGACCUGCGCUCCAUAUAGCUUUUCUUUCUCCUUCCCAAUUCACUAAAUAGGAGAAGUUAUUUCUAAAACUGAUUGGGUUAACAAGGGAAGGUAGAAUUAUCUUGAGAUUUAAGUUCUGUGGAAUAAGUAUUGUCCUGUGACUAGAGAUAGUUGAUAAUACCUUGUGAAGAUGGAAGGAUGCUUCAUUAAGGAAAUAAACAUUUAUAUAAUCUACUAUGUGCCAGAUACUGUACUAAAUGCUUUAACAAAUAUCAUCUCAUUUGCUCCUAAAGACAACUAUGUAAGAUAAGUGCCAUUAUUAGCCCCAUUUUAUAUUUGAAGAAACUAAAAUAGAAGUUAAUGAGUGGUUUCUGAAAAACAUGACAAUGAAUGUUUGUGGUAGUUCUUUUUGUAGUGGCAAGGAACUGGAAAUUGAACAAAUAAUCAUCAGUUGUGGAAUGGC